AUUUCCACUUCCACUGCUGCUGGGACUGAAAGUUUGAUUUUUUGGUCGCUUUGUGUCCAGAAUUUGGCUUUUUUGAGGAUUACAGGAGUUCUGUCUGGAUACUGAUACAUCAACAUGGCUCGCAUUGCGUUGGUGUUAGUGGCCCUGCUAAAUUGUUUCACUUCUUCAAUGGCCUACACGGAUCCUCUGUGCUCUCACCACGUCCAUCCAGACUACGGCUGUGUGGGCGAGUGUAUCUCAACAACCUCGUGCCCGGGGGGCAAAUACAUCUCCAACUUGUGCCCAACCCAGCCUGCUGGAGUUAAGUGCUGCUUCACAGCGGACAGCGAUAUCGAAUGCGUCGACUAUAACCACUGGCUAUACGGGCAAGUUGGACACUGUAUCUCCACAUCCCAGUGCCCGGGCAACACAUACAUCUCCAACCUCUGUCCCACCAAAAGCGCCGGCAUCAAAUGCUGCUUCAAGAAACCCACCGAUACCUGCUCAGCUUCAGGCAGUUGCAGUCAGACUGUGAAGUCGCUGGCCUGUCAGGUGCAGAGCCACAGCAGAAUCACGCUGCUUGCCAACAACAAGUACCUGAACACCCAAGGGGCAAAUGACGGAGCGGAUGCAGCAUCUAACAUACGGGACACCUGCAACGGCCAAGAAUCUAAGAUAUCAAGCUACUCCUGUUCGGAGGGUUCUGCGCCCGGGGGAUCGGUGUGUCUGAGCGCCAAGGUGUUGCAGUAUCUACUGGAUGUAGCAAACGCCGGGCAUAACAUUAAGGUCAAUGCCAUCACCGGGGCCUGCCACUCCAGAACAUCUCGCCACUACCGAGGCACGGCGGUGGACCUGCAGGUCUACAGUGAUUCCAACCACGCCGCCUGGAGGAGCAUAUGCUCGGCCGCCGGGGCAGUGGAGAACUUUGGGCCGCCGGACCCUGGCCACAGCGGUCACACCCACUGCGCGUUCCCGUAGUUAAAGAACUCAAGAAACAGGUGCCGGGAAAGUACUAACUUAAAGUUUUCCAUUGCAUGCAAGGAAAAAAUGCCAUUUAGUUGCAGCCAGUGAGCUGUUUGUUAAAUUAGAUAAAAUAUGAUUUUCUUGUUUUUUCCCCCAAAUUUGUUUACUAAUUUUUCAUGAUUUAUUUAGUGAGUUGUAGUUUUCUUAAUGCAUGUUAAAGACUAAUGGUUAUACAAUUCGUGUAAAAGUUAAGUCUGACCAAUUCAGAAAUUGUGCUAGAACUAUGAGAUGCCAAUAAGGCCCAAAAAAAUAAGUCUCCGGUUUCUGGUAUGGAGCUUGUCCAAAAAGUGGUGCGGCG